GGAGGUGCAACGCACAGCGAAAACAAAGAAAGUUGGCGCCAACUAUAAAUAACCAACGACUGGGAUCCCGUAUCAACCGCUUUCCCGAUUAGUUUCUUUUUCUUUUCUCUUCACAUUUCUAUUUCGAUCAAUUCUCCAUCUGUUGUUCUUCUUCUUCAAUUGGAUUUCCAGAAGAAAUCAUCACAUUUUUAGCACAUAAAUAUGAGAGAAAUCGUUAGCAUACACAUUGGUCAAGCAGGGAUUCAGGUCGGCAAUGCAUGCUGGGAGCUUUAUUGUCUCGAACACGGAAUUCAAAACGAUGGAUUCCUGCAAGGUGAGAACAGUGGAGGAGGCUCUUCAGACGAUUCAUUCAGCACCUUCUUCAGUGAAACCAGCUCUGGAAAACAUGUCCCCAGAGCUGUAUUCGUUGAUCUAGAACCCACUGUCAUUGAUGAAGUCAGAAAUGGAAGCUACAGACAACUCUUCCAUCCUGAACAACUCAUAUCUGGCAAAGAAGAUGCAGCUAAUAACUUCGCCAGAGGACAUUACACAGUGGGAAAAGAAAUCGUUGACACAUGUCUUGAUCGAGUGAGAAAAUUAGCUGAAAACUGUACUGGGUUACAAGGAUUCAUGGUUUUCAAUGCUGUUGGAGGUGGCACUGGUUCAGGCCUUGGAUCUUUGCUUCUAGAACGUUUAUCAGUAGAAUAUGGGAAAAAACCUAAACUUGGUUUCAGUAUCUUUCCUUCUCCACAGGUGUCAACUGCAGUUGUUGAGCCUUUUAACAGUGUGUUAUCAACUCAUUCCCUUCUAGAACACACAGAUGUGGUUGUACUCUUAGACAAUGAAGCCAUAUAUGACAUAUGCAAGAGGGCUUUAGACAUUGAAAGACCAAGUUACAGAAACUUAAACCGUUUAAUCUCUCAAGUCAUCUCCUCUUUAACCACUUCUUUAAGGUUUGAUGGAGCCAUUAAUGUUGACAUCACCGAAUUCCAAACCAACCUUGUCCCAUACCCUCGUAUCCAUUUCAUGCUUUCCUCUUAUGCCCCUGUCAUCUCCACUGCAAGAGCCUUCCAUGAACAAAGCUCUGUUUCUGAGAUCACCAAUGCUGUGUUUGAGCCUGCAAGUAUGAUGGCUAAAUGUGAUCCAAGACAUGGGAAAUACAUGGCUUGUUGUUUGAUGUAUCGUGGAGAUGUUCUUCCAAAAGAUGUGAAUACUUCUGUUGGAUCCAUGAAGACUAAACGAACUGUUCAGUUUGUUGAUUGGUGUCCGACUGGUUUCAAAUGUGGGAUAAGCUACCAGCCACCUACGGUGGUGCCUGGAGGGAAUCUUGCUAAAACUAGACGUGCAGUGUGUAUGAUAAGUAACAACACAGCUGUUUCUGAGGUGUUUAAUAGGAUUGACCAUAAGUUUGACCUGAUGUUUGCAAAAAGAGCUUUUGUGCAUUGGUAUGUUGGAGAAGGAAUGGAAGAAGGUGAGUUUUCUGAAGCACGUGAAGAUCUUGCUGCUCUUGAGAAAGAUUAUGAGGAAGUUGGUCAAGAUGCUGAGGAAGAUCAGGGAGAAGGAGAAGAAGAAGAAUAAGAGGUAUGU